UCCCUUUCUCUCUCCUUCCUGCUUCCUACACUCCUGCAGAUAUUGCACAGAAUUACUCGCAAUGGCUGCACCACUGAGGCUUCUCAGAAGAUCACUCCAGCAGCUGAGCACUGGCUCUAGCCAUGUCUCCUCUGCCAGACCCCCUGUGUAUACUGCUGGACUCAGAUGCCAGCACACUCAGUCCAGCCCCGGAGAGGAGGCGUUCCGGCCAGAAACUUCUCAUUCCAAAUCCUUAAUGGACAUCGGCACAAGAGGCAUCUUAACUGCGGAUCAUGACAUUUUCCGAGAGAGUGUCCGGAAGUUCUUCCAACAGGAGGUGGUGCCUUACCAUACAGAAUGGGAGAGAGCCGGAGAGGUGAGCCGGGAGUUGUGGCAGAAGGCUGGACGGCAGGGGCUGCUAGGCGUCAAUACCCCAGAAGAACAUGGUGGCAUUGGCGGUGAUCUCCUGUCGGCUGCCAUUGUGUGGGAGGAACAAAUGUAUGUCAAUUGUACCGGACCUGGAUUCAGCCUCCACUCCGACAUCGUCAUGCCUUAUAUCUCAAAGUACUGUAACAAGAGCCAGAUCCAGAAAUAUAUUCCCCAGUUGGCAGCUGGUAAUUGGAUUGGGGCCAUUGCAAUGACCGAGCCAGGAGCUGGCAGUGACCUGCAGGGGGUGCGGACAAAUGCUAAGAAGGAUGGAAGUGAUUGGAUCCUAAAUGGCAGUAAGGUAUUUAUUACGAACGGCUGGCUGAGCGAUGUAGUCAUUGUGGUCGCUGUCACAAACCGUGAGGCUCGCACUCCUGCCCAUGGCAUUAGCCUCUUCCUGGUGGACAAUGGUACCAAAGGCUUUGUGAAGGGACGGAAGCUGGAGAAGAUCGGCCUGAAGGCGCAGGACACAGCAGAAUUGUUCUUUGAAGAUGUCCGGCUUCCUGCAGACGCUUUAUUGGGAGAGGAAAAUAAGGGUUUCUAUUACUUGAUGGCAGAACUACCUCAGGAGAGACUACUAAUCGCUGACAUGGCGCUCGCUAGCUGCGAGUUCAUGUUUGAGGAAACCAGGAACUAUGUCAAACAAAGGAAAGCUUUUGGAAAAACUAUUGCACACUUACAGACUGUGCAGCACAAGCUGGCGGAGCUGAAGACGCAGAUCUGUGUGGGGCGCGCCUUUUUGGACAGCUGUCUCAAGCUUCAUUCAGAGAAACGUUUGGACUCUGCCACCGCUUCCAUGGCAAAAUAUUGGGCAUCUGAGCUCCAGAACCAAGUAGCCACAGAGUGUGUCCAGCUACACGGCGGAUGGGGCUAUAUGUGGGAAUACCCCAUUGCCAAAGCGUACGUAGAUUCUCGUGUCCAGCCGAUCUACGGGGGAACCAAUGAAAUUAUGAAGGAGCUCAUUGCGAGAACGAUCGUACAAGAUAAGUGAUGAUUGCGAGUAGGUGACACCUGGUGCCUGUAAUUCCUCUUGUUUCUCCUCUUGAGGGGUAAUUGUACAUUGUGACUAAACUGGUAAGAUAAAAACAAAAGUGCCUCCAGUAUGUAAACUGAAUUAAAAAAAAAAAAAAGUAAAACCUCUGUAUCUGACUUGUUUGUCUUUCAAAAAAUAAAUUAUUAUACAAUUA